CUGUUCUCUCCUCCUAAUAAUAAUAAUCUCUCCGGAUUCUAUUCCCAUUUGGUUUGUGUUGGCUUUCCCUCAUUCCGAUCUUCAUCAUCUCCUCCUCCUCUUCUCUCUGCCUUGAUAAAAGUGGUUUGUUUUCUCCUUUCUCCUCUUUUCUCCGCAAUCGGUUUCCUCUUUCGUUGUGUGUUUGUGGAAGAAUCUUAACAUAUUUAAGUUUCUAGCAUCGGCUUCGUGGCGCAAAAGUGUCAACUGUGAUUGAGGAUAAGAUGCAGGGAGAAAGGGCUAGUAUGGGUGAGGCCUUGAACUUUGAGAAUGGUUCUUCAUCGACUAAUCCUGUGGUAGAUCAGCAGAUUCGGUGGGGGAAUCGUCACAGUAUUGGUGAUAACGAUCUUCAGAAUUACAUGAACUCAGCUGCGGAUACUACCAAUACUAGUUUUGCAAACUCAGUGUAUCCUGAGCAACGCGAGGGUAGCUCUGGUGGUGCAAAGAACGAAGCACCUACUAUUAUCACUGAGCAAUGGAUGGUGGAGUUUAUGCAACCUUCUUCUAGUGCAAACGGAGUGGUUGGCGAUCUGAAUGCAGAGCAGAAUGGGCUUGAGUCUGGUCUUAUUAUACCAGAGAACGGUGGUUCGUGUGCAGAUGGGCAGCGUAAAAGAAAGGCUCUUGAUGCCGGCAUUGGACAGUCAAAUGUAGGUUUCCGUGAGUUCCACCGUGGAGAGAGCAGUUCUUUGAACAUGUCUCUUAACCAUGGGCCAAGAGGAUUGGGCCCUGGCGGUGUUCCAAACCUGUCUGCUCCUCCUGCCAUCAUCCCAGACAGCUCCAACAGAAACUUCUCUGUCAGGGCUGAUCCAGAAAAUGUCUUUGCUGCUGGAACUGUUAUCAGGCAACCUAUUGCUCCAUCCUUGAGCGCACCAGGAGACCAACAGCUCGUGGACUUGAGAUAUAGACACGCUUUCGGCAAUUAUACUCCUCUGAACCCAAAUGCUUCUGCUGGUACUACUAUACCCCCUCUUUCAAGAAAUAUGACACCACCAUUCCAAUGGAAUCCAGCAGCAGCAGCGGGUGGAUCUUCUGUUGUUGUUGAAAGAAGCAACAUGCUGGCAAAUGCCUUGUUUGUUCCACCUCCUGGUGUGACAAAUCUGCCCCACGGUCAUGUAAGUGGUCCGUGGAACAGUGUUCAGCCAUCACCCUCAUUGACUCCUUACCAGAAUAACUCGGCGCAAAAUCAAAGAAGAUUAUCCGAACAUUUACGGAGGAGGUCGUUGCUUUCUUCGGCCCCUCUGGAUCAGCAUGUGCUUCAUCAAUCUGGCGGUGAUGCCACCUUUCAGGCGCAGAGUCGGGCUUUCUCGAGAGUAGUACCAAGACAAGGGCAAACUACAAAUGGCGUUCCUCAAUCUUCGCGAGGAAGAGGCAGACUGGCAGAGCUCCGCAAUGUCUUGGAACAGAUGCGUAGGACAGGGACCUUGCGUUUGGAGGAUGUUAUGCUUCUCAAUCAGUCGAUGCUAGGUGCAGCUGGUAUUCAUGACCGUUAUCGAGACAUGCGACUCGAUGUUGACAACAUGUCGUAUGAGGAGUUGUUGUCUCUAGGAGAGCGGAUUGGAGAUGUUUGCACCGGUCUCAACGAGGAAACCAUAUCCAACCGAUUGAAGCAACGAAAAUACAGCAGUGACACCAGAUGUCCACAAGAAAUAGAACCAUGUUGUAUCUGUCAGGAGGAAUACAAUGAGGGAGAAGAACUGGGAAUGCUGGAAUGUGGGCAUGGCUUCCAUAGCCAAUGCAUUAAAGAAUGGCUGAAGCAAAAGAAUCUUUGUCCAAUCUGCAAAACGACAGGGUUAAAUACUGUAGAGAAGCCAGGGAUAUAAUGAUGGAAAGACCUUAAGCUGUUCUAUACCAUUGCAACCUCACCACAACAACACCCAAAGGCAAGUUAGGAUUAUGCGUUAUUUGGUGUUUGAGUUUGAGGUUUGAUGAUAUAGAGGUAGCGAAAAGAUAGGAAUGAAGACAAGUAACUGAGGGAGUAUCUAAGAAAAAGAAACUUAGGUUCUUCUGAAUUUGUUUGGAUGAUUUUUUUAUUUUUAUUUUUAUUUAUGAUUUACUCAUUGAAAGAACUAAAAGGUUUGUGAGCCAAUUCGGCAAGUUUGAUAGAUUUUAUGGAUGAUUAACUUAUGUACAUUAUUCCUAUUUUAAUGGUCACCAGUUUUUGUCC